AUGCAGCUGUCAUUGACUCAACUGUCCUUCUCCGGGGCACUGCUUUUGCUGGCCUUAUCAAAUCUGCUCCUUUGGGAGCAUGUGAUCUCCUCACCAAGUCCCCGUUUGUCUACUGGAAACCUAUACCAACGUGUGGUUGAAUUGUCACACUACACCCAUGGUCUUGCCUCAAAAGUCUUCACUGACAUUAAUAUGAAGUUUGGCAGGAACAUUUGGAAACAGAGCCUGAUGUUGGGCACCUGCCACACUGCUGCUAUCCCUACUCCAGAAAACAGUGAGCAAGUCCACCAAACAAAAUCAGAAGAUCUUCUGAAAGUGACCAUCAGUGUUUUACAAGCAUGGGAAGAGCCUCUGAAGCACAUGGUGGCUGCCGUGGCUGCUCUUCCAGAUGCGUCUAAUGUUAUGCUGUCAAAAACAAAAGAGUUGGAAGAAAGAAUUCUAGGCCUCCUGGAAGGACUGAAGACCAUACUCAGUAGGGUCCAGCCUGGAGCUGUUGAAAAUGAUUAUACUUUCUGGUCUGGAUGGUCAGAUUUGCAGUCAUCUGAUGAAAACACUCGUAAUAUUGCUUUGUAUACCCUGGGCCGCUGUGUGCGCAGGGAUACACACAAGGUUGACAAUUAUCUCAAGGUCUUGAAGUGCCGAGAUGUUCAUGACAACAACUGCUGA